CACUCGAGCUGCUACUACCGAGCAUCCAGUCGCGUAUUGCAGGGCAGUCCUGCAGCAGCCGCUUCCCCCGGCUCGUCCCUCCCUGGGUACCGUCAUUCAUAACUCAGACUGGUGUGGAGGUGCCGCGGACAUAUUGACUGCGUGUCCAACAUCGUGACACCGGACCAGCAUCGUGAGGAGAGGCGGAGCAGAGCAUCAGCACACCGACGGAGAGAUGGCGGAGUGCGGCCGGAAGGCGCUGUCCCUCCUGGAGGCGGCCCGCUCCCGGUACGAGAGCCUGCAGAUCUCGGACGACGUGUUCGGCGAGUCCGGGGACGACAGCAGCGACAACCCCUUCUACAGCACCUCCGGUGACUCCGACUCUGACAACUACAUCGCCGAGGUGGGCGAGGAGGACCAGCAUCACCAUCACCACCACCACCACCACCAAAAGCGGGGAGAGAAGGAGAACGCGACCGGAGGAGGUGGCAGCGGAGCGGGUCCGCCGGGAUCCUUGUCCCGGAGUCAGGCUGAGGAGCAGGGCUGGUCGGAGGCGCUGCAGGAUGUCACCGUUCCACCGUACAAAGAGACAUAUGGCCCGGCCCAGAAGAUGCCAGCCAACGCCACAGCUCUGGACUUCUUCCAACUCUUCGUCCCAGACAACUGCAUCCAGAACAUGGUCACUCAGACGAACAUGUACGCCAAGAAGUUCCAGGAGCGCUUCGGCUCGGACGAGGGCUGGUGUCCGGUCACAGCCCAUGAGAUGAAGGCCUUCCUGGGGUUUGUCACCUCCACCAGCGUGCAUCGCUGUGAGUCAGUGCUAAGCAUCUGGAGUUCCGGCUUCUUCAGCAACCGCAGCAUCGCCUUGAAAAUGAGUCAGGCUCGCUUCGAGAAGAUCCUCAAGUACUUCCACAUUGUUGCUUUCCGACCGUCGCAAGGCAGCAAUCAAGGCCUGUACAAGAUCCAGCCUUUCCUGGACUCACUACAGCAGUCCUUCAGUUGCACCUUCAGACCUUCACAGACUCAGGUUCUUCAUGAGCCCUUGAUAGACGAGGACCCGGUCUUCAUCACCACCUGCACGGAGCGAGAGUUGCGGAAGAGGAAGAAGAGGAAGUUCAGUCUCUGGGUUCGACAGUGCACCUCCACAGGAUUCAUCUGUCAGAUAUCAGUUCACUUGAAGGAGGGCCAGGGAGCCGACGGUCUGGCCGCUCUGAAAAAUAAACCCCAGCUCCACAGUCUGGUCGCUAAGCAGCUCUGCCAGAACAUCUCCGGCAAGAACACCAUCAUCUUCACCGGACCAUCCAUCACCAGUCUGGGCCUCUUCACCGAGUUUAGCAAACAAGAUAUUUACUGCUGCGGCCUGUUGAGCACCAGAAAGAGCGACUGCACGGGUUUGCCUCAGAACAUGCUGGUUUGUGGAGCCACACCUGCGCAGCGUGGCCAGUCCCGGGUCAUGAUGAAGGGCAGCCUGUCACUGAUCAGCUGGUACAACAAGGGCCACUUCAGGUUCUUGACCAACGCUUACUCGCCAACGAAACAAGGGGUGAUCAUCAAGAGAAAAAGCGGUGAGAUUCCAUGUCCUCUGGCCGUUGAAGCCUUUGCAGCUCACCUCAGCUACAUCUGCAAAUAUGACGACAAAUACAGCAAAUAUUUUAUCUUCCAUAAGCCGAACAAGACCUGGCAGCAAGUCUUCUGGUUGAGCAUCAGCAUCGCCAUCAACAACGCGUACAUCCUGUACAAGAUGUCAGACGCCUACGCAGUCAAGCGUUACAGCCGAGCGCAGUUCGGCGAGAGACUGGUCCGAGAGCUGCUGGAUCUGGACGACUGCUCUCCCACGCAGUGAGGACACACACACAUUCCCGCUCCUCAUCCGGACUCCACGUGUGUCCUUGCCAAGGUGACGCCUCGCUCUCUCUCCCUCCAAGUCUUUACAUCGAGUCUGUAAAUAUUGAAUUAACACACAGCUAUGAAGAAUCCUGAGCCAUGGAACUGGUCGCACGCCUCACUGUGCACACUCUGCACCAUAGAUUUGUCAGGAGAUGGACCAAUGACGUCACACCCCAUGAUGUCUCAAAUCACCGAUGACUAACAGAUUGCCUGUGACUGUUCUAUCAUGGCCCCGUCACUAAAUCUUAGUAAACCAGGACUAAGAUGUGUUCACAAGCUGCAUGCCUACAAAACAUGGAUCGUGGUGUGUUUCCUUUCGUCGAUGUGAAAAUGAUUUUGGAAGUUGUGUGACUGUGUUUGGCAAGUGAACGUUUUGGUGUGGCUGCAGAUGUAGAUGUAAAGCUAUUGUCACCCGAGUGUGUUACACGGCUGUAAACUGAGAAAAAGACAAUGCCGGUUAUGAAGCUACACGCAGCAGCAGCCGGCCUCCCGAGACAUUCAGACAAUGCUAACAGCUUCUUAGCUCGACUUUGUGCCACAGGAAGCCUUGUUUUUGCAUCUGUUUUCAGGAGAUGCCACCACAUUGUCUCUAUACUUCAAAGCAUGGAGCACCAGGUGCUGACAUUACAACACUGAAUUGCUUAAAAUCAUCUCUAUAAAUAAACCUAGUCUUCCUGUUCAAAGACUCUGAUAAACCAUGCUUGGCUGCUGUCUGUAGUUUCACCACCAUAAGAACCACCAUUUGAGUUCUGAAAGUUUUAUGACUCGUGUUUUGGGGCUGCUCCAGUUAUCUUCCGAUGUCUUUUUGUUAUGAGAAAUGUGGUUUAAAUAAAAGAAUAAAUGGUAACACUUUGGAUUGGGGAACACACAUUAACUAUCAGUACACUUGUUUUUAAUAUUAAACAAUAUCGAAACAAUGCUACUGGUUAAUAUUGUGGCAUUGUUUAGAGUGAACUUUUGGUGACUAUUCCAGGGUAAAUUCUAGUCUGAACAAGACACUUAUCAAUACUUUAGAAUGAUUCAUUACUGGCUGAUAUGCUGCUGAUACACAUAUGAAUAAGUCGUUUAUUUUGGGCUAAUAAAUUCCCUAAUCUAAAGUGUGACCGGAUACAUAAAUUAAAGCUGCUUUGCAAGGCUGUACUAGCAAUAUAUAUGUUUAUAUUUGAUAAUUUAAAGAAUAAAAAUCGUGUCUAUCACAAAAGUGGUUGAAAAAAAAGUAUAGACGCUUAACAAUCUGAAAUCCAAUCACGCUUUUGUGAGGAAUGAAACCCUUUUCAAUGUGCUAUGUGGAGAAAAUUGACCUCAAGCUAACACCUUACUAACUAGCCUAUGUUGCUGUGCGUCAAAUAAAUCACUGAGAGUCACCAAGCUCUUUAUGCUACGUUGUUAGUUAAUUGAUUUUAAAUGUUUCAUUUUUCAGAAACCAUGAUGCCAAAACAGCGAGUGACAUUUGUGCUUCAACAAUUUUAUUUUGGAAUCCAGUUAAUGCUAACAACAAUUAGCUCUGCUAAAGCAGUAGUGUUUGACCGUUAUAUGGCUUAUUGUGAGCAUUCUUCAAUAGAGGAGUGUUAGGUUUAGUCAUUACAUUUGUCAAUGCUAAUAUGCUAUUGCUAACUAAGAAGAUGAAUCAUAAUGAACUACUAACACAGCUCCAUGCUGACGACAUGAAAAAGUCUCUUUAUAUUGUUUCUCGAUCCACUUCUAAAAGGGUCUCAGCUAUAUUCACUCGUCCAGUUCAACAUGCUGAUACAGUGUUGCUGAUGGAUUGUUUAAUCCUGAAUCGCUAACAAUGCUAACGCUAAAUUCUGUCGCGCUGAAAUAGCUGGACACAAACAUUAGCCUUAUUUAAAUGUAAAAUUUUAAAAUGACCGGGGCUGCAUUCGAUCAAUAAACAGAAAUUAUUAUUAAUCUAAUCUAAAAACUUUUCAUUACUUAUCUCAUGUUUUGUCUGUCGUUUUGCACCUGUUUCUUUUUUCUUUUAGGAUUUUGCACAGUUUUACCGUAGGCCCGUGCACUUUACGAGUUUGUACCGAAAAGUUGUUUGGUAUGUAUGCAUAAGUUUCUAAAAUGAUUUAAAUCCAAUGUAAAAAAAACAAGAAACACUGAAAUUAUUAAUAGAUAAUCCAUGUAUAUAGAUCAAAUAGAUUAUAUGGAUAUAUAUAUAUAUAUAUAUAUAUA